AUGCCCGAGCUCACCGUUCCCGGCGCCGUUCUCCACUACGAGACAUUCGGCUCGGACGGUCCCCUUCUCCUCUUUAUACCCGGUGCCGACGGCCGGGGCAGCGUCUUCCACCCCUCUGCCCAAUUUCUCGCCGCCUGCUUCACUGUUGUGUGCUGGGACCGUCGCGGAUAUUCACAAAGCUUUCUCGUCGGUCAGCAAGACUUCCAACACCGCCUGCAGACCGACGCCGACGAUGCCCAGCGACUGAUCGUGCACCUUUCUCGCAACGGGACCGCCAUUGUCUUCGGAACUUCGUCCGGCGCCGUCGUUGCCCAACAGCUGCUGGCCAGUCAUCCCAAGUGUGUGGCAACGCUCAUUGCACACGAGCCCCCCGCCUUCUCCGUUCUUCCCGAGCAGUUCCAGCUGCAGGCCCACGGACUCAUCAACCACGUCUAUAGCAUAUUUAGAGCUCAUGGUCCCGAUGCAGCCAUGGAGGCCUUCACUUCGGGUCUAUCCGAGGGCCCUGAUUCGAAUAUGAUGCGUUACUGCAUGGAUGCAAAACGCGGCGACGAGAUCCGCGCAAAUUGCCUCUUUUGGUUUGAAUUUGAGCUGAGACAGUACACCGGCGCCCAAGUUGAUGUUGAAGCCCUUAUCAAAGCGAAAGAGAAAUUGAUUCUCGUCGCGGGAGAGGAUAGUGGCGAUGGGCCAGGUGUCGGUCCAAUCAAGGCCAUCGCCGGACAGACAGGCAAGGAAGUUCUGAGGGUUCCUGGCGGCCAUCUAGGCUAUAUGAUUGUUCCCGAAGUGUUUGCGAGGAAACUAUUGGAGUUGCUUGGCCUGUAG